AUGGACCGCCACACACCCCAUGUUCUCUCCCCAGUCCCAGAAGAAGACACCAAACCCCCGGAGAAAGUGAAAGAUGAUAAAAAACAAGACGAAUAUGAGAAAGAAAAAGUGGUCAUAUCCGAGACCGAAUCAGACUCUGAUGACGAUGGCGUCCUCCCGCUCGAAAUAAACGUCCACGGCCUUAAGGCAAAGGUAUACCUCAACUGCGCAGACAUCGAUAUCAUUCCGGCCAGAUACCUUGAGAAAGCGGAUUGCUCGUACCUCCUCAAACGCAACCCGUGGAUUUUCCGCGCCGCAAAGGACGGCCGUGAGGUAGACAUCAGAAAAUGGUCAAAAGUUGACAUCCGGUUCCGUGGCGUGUUCAAGACCCUGAAGAAGGUUCCAUCCUUCAAGCAUGGUCUAUUUGAUGGCGAUAAUACUGGCAGUUGGCUUAUGAGCUCGAGCUCGAGUUCGUCGUCUUCGAAGAUUGAUUUCGAAGAGGCAGUUAAGGCGCAGGGUCAGGUUGUUUAUGCUCUUCUUGACGAGAUUUCAAACAUGCUUAAGCUUCGCCGUGAGAUGGACAACCAUCGGCAGUUCUUUUUCCUGAGACCGAGACUAGUUUCUUGCAAGCCAGAGUACUGGACUGGGUACCGCGAAAAGCAUCGGGAUUCACCUUACACCGCGGGCUCACUUUCGUUGGAUUAUGAGCCUUACCGGGGUAUGCCGCAUGUCGUUGUGCCUGUCGUGACGACAACCGACCGCAAGCAGUCCCUCAAGAAAGCCCUAGAAGGCGAGUUCAAGCUCCUCCUCGCGCAAUACCUGGUUAAUAUCCACUGUCUCUCGCCCCCCGGUGACAAACUCCCAGACCAAGAAGGCUUCCUAAUCAGCCUCCACGGUUCCAAACUGCACAUUCUCCGCGGAAUCUUCCCAGGCCAAAAGACAUCGAGGGUCUGGUGUGGCCGACACAGACCCUCCGGCAUCGAGGAAACGAGCACAAACAAUCAUGUGUCGGGAAUGAACAUGAACGAGCGAUUCUACAGCAAGACGAACAUAGACCGGUUCAUGGAGCAGGUGGAAUGGGAUCAGCUCUCGAACCCGAACAACGAGAGCGAACCGCGCGCGUUCCAGAUCCUGGCGAGCCGCGAGUAUGAUCUGUGGGUAAAGUGGGAGUUUGUGGCUGCGCAAAAGAUGCUAUGUGGGAUGAUGAUGUACCUUAUGAGUGGACAGGCGAGGUGUGGAGUGUUACAGGAAGUGUUUGGCAAGUACCCGUAUGAUGAAGGGUAUGAGGCUAAUAGUGAUGAUGAGAAGGAGAAAGCGGCCAAGGAGCAGCAGGAGAUAGAGGAGAAAGAGGCGAAGAUGAGAGAGUUUGAGCAAAAGAAGCGUGAGGAGGGUAAGGCCAAAGCCGUUGAGCGAGAGAAUAUGAGGACUUCGAUGAGGGAUAAGAUCGGGGGUAUUGCGGAGGGACUUUGCCAGCCCUGGUGGGACUGGGUAUGGGAUGACAAGAAGAAUGAGACGCGUGCAAAGAAGGCAGAUGAUGAAUUAAUCGUUGGAGGACCUUCACGGGAUUACUGA